AUGGAAAUCAUGAUUUCCAUGUUACCACUGGAGUUGCUGGUGGGUUUUUGGUUCAUGGUACUGAUGAUCAUUUCUAGUUCUUGUUCUUCUUCAGCUUAUAAUUUUCCCAUAGCAAAGCCCGGCUGCCAGGAUCAUUGUGGAAAUGUAAGCAUUCCAUUUCCAUUUGGUAUUGGAAAAGACUGUUACCUUGAUCAGCCUUUCUCGGUGGAAUGCAACGCCUCGCGAAUUCUGAGUUUGUCGAAUACUCCUUUGGUAGUUACAGAGAUAUGGCUGGAAGGACAAUAUCGGAUGUUGAACCCUUAUGUAGGAUAUGAUUGCUAUGAACAAGUCAUUAAUGGAAGUGUGCGCCAUUUCAAUAGUCCAUUUAUCGCUCUAACGACAGACGCCUUUGUUUUCAAUAGCACAGCCAAUAAGUUCACUGUUGUUGGUUGUGACACUUAUGCCUUUGUUAAAGGUACAAGUGACUUACGGAGAUACACUACUGGAUGUAUGUCUAUAUGCGAAAAACAGGAAGACGUAAGGGAUGGUAUGUGUUCUGGAAUCGGAUGUUGUCAGACAUCGAUACCUAGUGGAGCUAACCAGAUUAAUGUGUCUUUGGGUAGCUAUUCAAAUCAUAGUUUGGUCUCGAGUUUCAAUCCUUGCAGUUACGCUUUUGUGGUUGCAACCGAUGCCUUUCAGUUCACUGCCAGUAAUCUUACCAACUUAGAUUACAAUAUAGCCCUUCCAGUUGUGGUGGAUUGGAUGAUCGCGCGGCAGAGUUGUGAAGAAGCUCAGAAGAACUCCAGCACUUACGCCUGUGCGAAAGAUAGCGAGUGUUAUGAACACGAUGAGACUUUGGGUUAUCGGUGUAGGUGCAAUGAGGGAUAUGAGGGCAACCCUUAUCUACCUAAUGGUUGCCAAGAUAUUGAUGAAUGCCGGAAUCCUUCCAUUUGUCCCAAAAAUAGUGCUUGUACUAACAAGUUGGGAAGUUAUGAAUGCAAUUGCAUUCAAGGCUACCAUAAGGAUGGUGAUGGACAAUGCGUUCAAGAUCAAAAGCCGAAUAAUUGGCCAAUCAUUUUAGGUAUUGGCCUAAGUGUAGGCUCGGUGUUUUUACUAGUAUGCUCAUACUGUUUCUACUUUGAGUGGACGAGAAGAAAAGAUAGGAGGUCAAGAGAGGAGUUUUUUAGGAGAAAUGGUGGGUUGAUUUUACGACAAAAACUUAGCCCUCGACAAGGAGGAGGAACUUAUAGUACAAGGAUUUUCACACAUGAAGAAUUACAAAAGGCCACCAAUGGGUUUGAUGGUAGCCAAAUCAUUGGUCGUGGAGGAUUUGGGACUGUUUUCAAAGGGGAGUUGAUGGACAAAAUGCCAGUUGCGAUUAAGAAAUCUAGAGGAGUUGAUGAACUUCAAGUUGAGCAAUUCAUCAAUGAGGUACUAUUGCUUUCCCAAAUCAACAGUAGAUACGUUGUCAAGCUACUAGGUUGUUGUUUGGAGACAGAAGUGCCAUUGCUUGUCUAUGAAUACAUUGACAAUGGGACACUCUUUGAGCAUUUGCACAACAAAAUCAAAGCAUCAAACCUCACUUGGAACAUUCGCCUGAGAAUAGCAUCAGAAAUCGCUGGCGUCCUCUCAUAUUUGCAUUCUGUCGCUUCGCCUCCAAUCAUCCACAGGGACAUCAAGUCUGCAAACAUUCUUCUUGAUCAUAAUUAUACCGCAAAAGUUUCUGAUUUCGGGACAUCAAGGUUGGUAUCAUUGGAUGAUAACCAAGUCGCAACAAUGGUGCAAGGCACACUUGGUUAUUUAGACCCCGAAUACAUGCAAACAGGUGUGUUAACUGAGAAGAGUGAUGUUUAUAGCUUCGGGAUUGUGCUGAUAGAGCUCCUAACUGCGAAAAGAGUAUUAGCUUCUAAUAAACCAGAGUCAGAGAAAUUUCUAUCAAAUGGUUUCCUUGUUUCUUUGAAAGAAAACAAUUUGGCUCAAGUCCUUGACAGUAGCAUAUUUCGCCCUGAAAACAUUGAGCAAUUGAAUGAAGUUGCAAUGAUAGCGAAAAGAUGCAUUAACAUGAGAGGCGAGGAUAGACCGCGUAUGAAAGAUGUCGAAAGGGAACUCGAGCUACUGGCCGCAAAAGCAAAGCAAAUUUCAAUUCGGAAAUCUGACACAAAUAUUGAUGAAUGCCAGAAUCCUGACAUUUGUCCAAAAAAGAGUGCUUGCAGAAACAAGGUCGGGAGUUAUGAAUGCAAUUGCAUCCCUGGGUACAAUCAUGAUGGGGACGGAAGAUGUGUUGAAAACAAUGAAAAGGACAACUGGGCUAUUAUUUUAGAGCUCAUAACUGGGAAAAAAGUAUUAGCCUCAGAUAAGCCAGAUGCAGAGAAAUUUCUAUUGAAUCGAUUCCUUGCUUUACUCAAAGAAAAUAACUUGGCUCAAAUUCUUGAUAGUAACAUAUCAUUCUCGGAAAAUUUAGACGAGCUGAAAGAAGUUGCCAAGAUAGCGAAAAGGUGCAUUAGCAUGCGAGGUGAGGAUCGGCCAUGCAUGAAAGACAUAGACAGGGAACUCGGGCUUUUAGGAGCAAAAUCAAAGCAAAUGUUAAUUCAAGUUUUCGAGAUUGAUUCCUUACAGAGUGAACCUUUGCUUGGUUUGAACUUGGAUGAAAAAGGUAGCAGUGAUGAUUCAACCUCUAGCGGUCAACAGUCUGCACCAAAUUUCAGCGCGGAGCUACCAUUAAUACCAACUUCUGGUGGAAGAUGA